AUGGAAUCAGUUGACAGUAGCUGGAAAAUAAAAGAUCUCGAAAGUGUCUUAAUGACAACCGAUGGCCUCAUGUUGACAAGACAGCUGGUUGCCUUGCAGAGGGCAGGGCUUGACGGUCUGAACAUCAGCUUAGACACCCUGCAGUCCCAACGCUACAACCAGAUCACGAGGAGGAAAGGCUGGGAGCGUGUCAUGGCUGGCAUAGAUCUAGCCUUGCAACUUGAAUACGACCCUGUGAAGAUAAAUUGUGUUGUAAUGCGAGGUUUUAAUGAAGAUGAAGUGUGCAGUUUUGUGGAGUUAACAAAAGAGAAAAAUGUUGAUGUAAGAUUUAUUGAGUACAUGCCUUUCAGCGGCAACAAAUGGAAUGAUGGGAAGAUGGUCUCAUUUAAUGAAAUGCUCCAAAUAAUUAGAAAGCAGUGGCCUAAUUUUGAACCUCUUCCCAAUGGGCCCAAUGAUACCUCAAAGGCAUACCAUGUCCCGGGCUACAAGGGAUGCAUAGGAUUUAUUACCUCAAUGAGUGAACACUUCUGUGGCACAUGCAACCAUUUACGGAUAACAGCUGAUGGCAAUUUGGAGGUGUGUCUCUUUGGGAAUUCAGAGAUAUCUCUCAGAGAUGCAAUACGAAGCAAAUGCAGUGAGGAUGACUUGCUUGCCAUGAUUGGGGCAGGAGUGAGAAGAAAGAAGAAACAACAUGCAGUAUUCAUUCUGAUUAAUGCCCAUUGGUCAACAUGUCCAGAGAUAAAAGGGGCCAAAAACCAUAAAGGACUCAGUCGAGUGUCUGUAAAAAGAACACUGAACGUGACUAUGGGCAUGAAACAUAAAACGAAUGCGAUCUUGUUGGAAAAAGAGCUUCACUCUUUGCAGAGAAUUGAUGCUGGAAAGGAGCAAGAAUUCCUCGGAAGUAAUGGCCGGCAGGAUCGUUUCAAGAAGCGGCAUGGCAUCCAUGAAAUUGCCAUCAGUGCCAAAUCAUUAUCUGGGGAUGAAGCUGCUAUGCUGAUUUUAAGAAGAAACUGCACACAAUCAUUGACAAAGGAUGUUAUACUGGCAAUCAACUUUACAAAUGUGAUGAAACUGGGUUGA